AUGGAGCAGGGCAGCUCGCUCACGCUGCCGCUCAGGCCACAGGUAGACAAGAGCGCCAAAAAAGACAGUCUACCCAUCCGCAUCGCUCAGAUCAAUGCCCAGCGAGGCUCGUUCCGCAACAUCACCGAACAAAGCCUCCAAGAUGAGAUCGAAGAACUGAAAGAAAAGCGCAAGGGUGCUGGGGCUGCCGGAGGAGAAGAGGAGGAGGAGGAGAAAGACGGCGAGGAAAAGGUUGCAGAGUUGGAUGACACUGAACGUCAUGAGUUGUUGUACAAGCGACGAGCAGAGAUUGCCCAGUUUGCUGCUCAAGCCCACAUGGAAGUGCAAUUUGCGUUAGAUUUUGUGUCGCUUCUUCUGUCCAAAUACGCGCCUCGUCAAGCUGAGCAGACUAUAUCGCCGUAUCUCAAACAAAACGUCCCCACCGGUUCCUUGAAUGUCGAUGUCGUGAGGGCGCCUCAGAAGCCCGAGUCUGCCAAGCGGGAUGCACAAACGGUUGCGCGCGGGUGGAAACUGGAAAGCUACAGUUCUGCAGCCAACAAGCUUCUCAAAGCUGGCUCGCGCCUCGAAAACGAAGUCAACGCAGAAACCAAGUACUGGGACCAGGUGCUAUCGAUCAAAGAAAAAGGUUGGAAAGUGUGCAGGCUACCGCGAGAAAGACAAGCCUUGGGUGUGCAAUAUGGAUUUUUAGAAGCUACCCCUGUGUUCCGUGACCGAGGCCUAGCAUCGUUACGACGUGCGGAUGACGGCACACUGAUAUUAGACAAAGGGCUGGUUCCGUCAAGACCGAAAGCAGUGCGUGUGCGAGUGAGGAGAGAAGGGAAAAUCACCGGCAGUUCGGGCUUGUCGCAGUUUGUUGCUGCUGCUGCUGCGGACGACUCGGUCGAGAAAACGAUCCUUCAAGCUCGCGACACUCUGUUUGAGGAAGAGCUAUUCCAUGAACUCAACCGCGAAGCACGAUCUCUUGCUAGCUCGGGCGUGACAGCGCAUCGCCACUUGAUCGAAUUUGCAUAUGACGACGGCCACCAAAUCAUCCUGGACCUGGUAGACCCAGAGGACAUGCCGAGCGAAGCAGAAACAACUGAACCCGAUCCACAGUGCGGCGUAAUCGCUGAAGCAACAGCUCAUGCUCUACGAAUUCUUCUAUCAUAUGCUCAUCGACAGAAUCUUCGACGUCGAAGCCAAUUCCCUCCACCGCUCACCAAUCACAAGCGGCCUACACCACAAUACCAACUCCUGCGACCCAUUCUGUCUUAUCUCCAACACAACUCGCACCUUCGCUCCCUCCAGGCAUUUAUGAACGAUACAUACAACGUCUUAAAGGCCGCCGGUCUUUCUUCCGAAUACACCAGCUCGCUAUUCUCAACCCUAAACUCCAGCCUAAAACCCGACGACCUAUCAACCGUAGAAAGGCUGGUCAGCCAGUUCCUCGAACCCCUCGAGUCCCGAUUUUCGGGAACAAUGGCAAACCCAACCAGCACAUUCAACAUCCGAAUGCACACCAGCCUGCCCGACCCCAGCCGUCUCACCGCCAUCGGAACCGAAUAUGAACUCUCCAUCCGUCUUCCCAACUUCCCGAACGCACAACCGCCCUCGCGCAUUGGACUGAAAAAUGAGGUUGAAUCAUUCCUCCUGCAUCUCCUCACCCUCGACCUAACCACCUACUUCACAUCAACCUCGUCCCAAAUCGCAGCCGAGCAGGCUAGCAGUUCCUCCGUCGAUUCUUCCUCGCUUUUAGCAUGGGAAUCACCAUUCCCGCACUACGGUGAACUCAUAGGCUCCAAGCCAGACGGCAACAUUGCCAAACAGAUAUGGAUCGAGAUCACACGAGACGAGCUAAGUUUACGCAUGGUUUCACAGAAGGAAGAAACACGCGACGAUGAUGAUGAUGCCUCUGACACCGAGACUGGAUUUGAUCUCGUUGACGGAGAGGGCGGAUUCAAGUAUACUCAACCACCGAAAAGGCUGGCUCGUGGGAAGUUGAUUCACGUUUGGAAACGCGAUCGUAGUGAAGAAUCGGAGCAGAAGACGCUGAGGGAAGUCAUCGGCGAGCUUUCGAAAUAUGAAUGA